AUGGCCAAACACAAGGCUUCGGUCCUUUUCCUGGCGUCUUCUGUGCUGCUUGCCUGCGUUUCUCAAGCCCAAGAGGACAUUGCAACGUUUCCAACGCCAAAGUAUGAUUUCAAAGGGCCGAUCCUCAACGAACGUGGUAAGCUUAGAACGGUCAAAGGCGACGUUCUCUAUCCGGUGACAACUGGCUAUGAUCUAGCCCGUCGGCCUUGGCAAACAUUCUUCUCCUGCAAUGCCUACCCAGCGGUGAUUGUGCGGCCAGAGGACGUCAAUGAUGUCAAACUUGCUCUGGAGUACGCCAAGGUAAAUAAUCUGCGAGUAACAGUGCGCAAUGGCGGUCACUCCUAUGCAGGAAUAAGCCGCUCGUACGGAUUAGUAUUGGAUAUGUCCUACAUCAACAAAACCAGUAUGACUUCAGCGGAAGCCGAUGGACUACCAUUGGUACGCGUCGAAGCUGGCUCCACCAAUAUUGGUGUCUAUUACGACUUGGCAAAGUACAAUCUCACUUUACCAGCUGGCGGUUGUCCCAGUGUAGGAAUUAGCGGCCUUACGCUUGGUGGCGGCUUUGGUGUGCUGUCCAGGAAAUGGGGCCUCGCAUCCGACCAAGUGUACUCCAUUGACGCUGUUGUGUAUGAAGACCAGUCGUACAAAGCAGUGACCGCUACAGCUGAUAAUCAGUAUAGUGAUUUGUUCUUCGCAUUCCGUGGUGGAAUGGGAGGCAAUUACGGUGUCGUCACCAGCUGGAUGUACCGUGCCCAUCGUAUUCGUAACGUCUAUACCUCCACAUUUAACCUCAAUCUGACGGAGGGCAGAAUCCCAAAUCAUAACAAUGACCCCAAUGAGUACAAGAAUAUACGAACUGCCAUCUCGAGGUUUAUGCAGUGGUGUGAUGCUAUCAGCAGCAACACAAACUGUGAAAUGUCUAUCUCCACCAUGACGGUGCCAUCCAUCAAUCUGCAGCCAGUAGCAGCAGCGGACGCACAAUACGCCAAGGUGUUCAAGCUAGAAAGCUAUUGCGUGUGCGAAGAGCUGAACUGCAGUCUAUGUAUCGGCGAGGUAUCACAGCUGGAGGGAUUACUGGCCAAUGCCCCGGUGUACAACAGGACAUCUAGCCCCGAGGAAGGAAUACCGUGGUCCGAGUUCAUCUGGGAAAUUGCAAACUGCACUCGCUACUACGAAGCAGUCAAACUCCCAGGGCAGUAUCCCCCAUCGUCAUUGGUGAGAACUUGCAUUGCGCAUCGUCAAGCCCCAAUUGGACGAGGCAGGCACAAUCGCAAGAAGAGCCUUUUCCUCAGUUCGAAUCCAGAUCAGGCUGUGAUUCAGGAUGUACUACUGUGGAUGGACUCAUUUGCUGACAACAUCAUCGUCGACAACUACACUGCUGCCAACAUAGAGUUUUACUACUGGGGCGGUGCACUUGCUAGCAGACCAUCGUAUGCCGUCGACUCUGCGUGGCGUCAUCGCAGUCAGAAAUGGCUGGUCCACAUCACGGGCCGCUUUCCCGACGAGGCUUCUCCAAAAACAAUUGGUACUGUCUAUUUCGCCCUUGGAAAGCUUCACACUAGUCUCCUGAAGGCGGAGCAGAGUCUGGCAGAGGCACCCGUGCAGGACUAUCAGAACUUUGCGGAUGCGUCGCUUAGCUACGAAGCUUGGAGUCACUUCUACUUCGACGGACCAACUAUACAGCGUCUUUCCGAGAUCAACUACAAGUACAACCCCAACGACAUCUUCCGUAACGAACUCUCUGUGCCUCUCAGCACACUGACAUGCCCGAUUUUUACGUCCUCCCCUGUGAAAAGCAACACUGUGACUCCAGGAAAUACUGCAACCACACCUCAAGGCAACCAAGGUGAUAACUGCGACAAGUCUGCACCAAGUGACCGAGGUUUGAUCCGGGCAGCCUUAGCAUUUUCCGUGAUUGGUGUUCUUCUUCUUGUGAUCUUUGGCAUUGUCUAUUGUAAAGGGAAAUGCUGA